AUGUCAGCGCCAUCCAUCCCCAAUCUUCUCUCUCUCCGGGCCAGAGGCGGUCGGGGCCGAAGCCGAGGCCGGGGGCAAGGACGCGGAGGCUUUGGAACCGGCUCCGAAACUGCUGCUUCUCGAGGCCAGGCCCAUGAUGCCGUCAUCCAGGGAACCGAUACCGAUGCCGCCGUGUCGAGAUUGAGCGCCGUCGAUGUGGGCUAUCUGAGCGACCCGUACGCGCGGUAUUUUGUAUCUGCUCUCGAUGGUCCACCAGCAAGACGGUUUCCCAUCAUCAACAGAGGAACAUACACACGCACAACAGCUAUAGAUAACCUGGUUCACUCGUUCCUUGCAGGGGCUGACGGGGAAGAGCAAAAGGGAGGAGUCACGAGGCAGAUAGUAUCCCUAGGUGCCGGCACCGAUACUAGGCCUUUCCGCCUCUUUAGUCAACAGGGCCAUCCACAGCUAGUCUACCAUGAGAUUGACUUCUCAGUAACAAGCACCAAAAAGCUCAAGACGGUUGAAGCAGUGCCACCUUUGGCCAGCAUCUUGACGAAUCGAUCAACAGGAGACACGGGUGGCUGGUCAAGCCAGCCAUUGAAUGGGGAGUAUUUCUGCCAUGGGAUAGAUAUCCGCCGCCUAUCACCUGCAGCCACCGAAAUUCUACCUGGCCUUCGCACCGACGUCCCUACCCUCAUCUUAUCAGAAUGCUGUCUCUGCUAUCUCUCUCAAGAGGAAUCAGAGGGCGUGCUUGAGUAUUUCUCUUCCCGAAUCCCCAACAUCUCCGUCGUCAUCUACGAGCCGGUUCACCUAGGAGAUCCCUUUAGUGAUACCAUGGUGUCAAACCUGGCAGCGCGGAAUAUUCACAUGCCCAGCCUCGAUCGCCGCAGAGACGAAGGAGACCAAGCAGCUCGGUUCAAACAAAUAGGGUUUGAGACCACCCGUCAAUUGAGUAUCGAUCGCCUGUGGAGCAAGUGGGUAAGCGCCGAAGAGAAGGAGAGAGUUGACAGGCUUGAAGGACUCGACGAAAUCGAGGAAUGGCAAUUACUUGCCGGGCACUACGUUGUUGUAUGGAGUUUUAGGGGAGACGGGUUCGAGGGGUGGAGAGGCAUUGAAUAA